AUGCCGCCGACCAAUCGCACUUCCCCAAAGCCCCUUUUAACAGGCGUAGCUGCCUUUGUCGGACGUGUGCUCCUGCCUCUCUUGUGUCUCACAGGCCAAUGCCAUGGCGAAGCUACCUCAACCAAUGCUGCCGAUUCGUCUCUGGCUUCGCUCGACCACCUCCUCGAUGGCCUUGAUACGCCUCCACUGAACGGAGGCUUCACCUACCUGCCAGACUUCCACGAAUGCCCUCUGCCUUGCAGUGACUAUGCAAAUGUCUUCAGCUGGGUCCGCUACUGGACCCCUGAUCAACUGCAGAGAUGCAACGAACCUCUCCUGCUCCAGUUCUCCGUGGAGCAGCCGGUAGCAUCCUCAGCAUCAUCGUCGUUCGGAGCGGGCGUGCCUAUCUAUGCUUGUUCUCUCUCGCCAACGGCAGCAGGCAGCUCGACUGCCAGCCCGCCACCAAUCGACAACCCCAAGACAUCCAACGAUCUGAACAAGGACCAGUUGAGCCGUGCAGUUGCAUGUGCCGCACCCAGCUCGCCCUCGUCAUCCCCUAGAGGCAACAUCACAGCCGUACAGAAGCUCGUGGUGUCCUCGGGCGCGUCCUGGAACGGUUCAGGGGACGGAAGUGAUGUUUCUGCCAUGAUGAAGGGUCUGCAGUCUUUCUUUGAGGCGCAAGGCAACUGCGACGAGACUCUUGUCUUUGCGCGCCACAAGCAGACCACCAUGGGCAUGUACGUGGGUGCCAGCUUAGGCAAGGCAGCUACAACUGAUGCUGUGCUCACAUCGCUGUCGAGUCGUUUACAGACAGCCGGUGCCGCAUCGCAGCCACUGGUCGCUCAACUCUGCGGAAACAGCGGCAGCAACAACCGUACAACUGAGCAAACCUUGGGAAUUGCCAUGGACGCCACGGGGGACUUGUCCAUUGUGCAGCAGGCCGUUGCAGCAUGGUCCAAAGGAAACUGCGUCUCAUCUCUGGGUAGCAGUUUGCAACAGGACGCAUCUCCUGUCGAGGCACAUGUGGUCGACCUUUCACCAACACCUCCACGUAUUAACAACACAUUAGCUGUGAGCCGCCGUUUUCUCGGAUCUCGCUAUCUUCGCGGCCGCAGUGCCGACGACGCGGCCGUCAGCGCGGCCACUCCGACGCCGCCCGUCAAGAACUCGGACGGAACGUGCGCAUCGUACGUCAUCCAGAAGACCGACACCUGCUCCAAGUUGGCUACACAGUAUGGCAUCAAUGUCACCGACAUUGAAAAGUGGAACGCCAACAAGACGUGGGCCUGGACGGACUGUGCGGGCAUGAUGUACGGGAACAAUAUGUGUCUCAGCGAGGGCAGGCCCCCCUUGCCACCUCCGCAGCAGGGCGUCGAGUGCGGGCCGACGUUGCCCGGCACCACGCUGCCGACGAACAAGUCCGUGUCCAUGGCUGACCUCAAUCCGUGCCCGCUCAAUGCCUGCUGCAGCAACUGGGGCUUUUGCGGUGUGUUCCCGCAGCACUGCGACAUCCAUAAAGCGCCCGGGAGCGACAGUCCCGGUGCCAAGGACAAGAAGUUCCAGAACACGUGCAUCUCCAACUGCAAUCGGGACAUCAAGCAGAACUCGGGCCCGCCGGAUACCCAGAUGCGCGUCGGCUACUACGAGGCCUUUGGCAUGGACCGACCCUGUCUGAACCUCAAGGCGAAGAACGCCAAUGUCGGCGGUGUGUACACACACAUCCACUGGGCAUUUGCGGCCAUUGAUCCGACCACGCUCAAGCCGGUGAUCAACGACACCGACAAGCAGUGGGCCGACUUCAAGGCUCUGCAGGACGUGAAGCGCAUUGUGUCGUUUGGUGGCUGGUCCUUUUCGACCGACGCCGCGACGUUCGAGGUGAUGCGCAAGGCCAUCCUGGAGAACCGCGACACGUUUGCGGCCAACGUGCUCAGGUUUGUCAAUGACGAAGGCCUUGACGGCGCCGACUUCGACUGGGAAUAUCCUGCCGCGCCAGAUAUUUUUGCCGGAGGCCAGCCGAUCGGACAAAAGGGCGAUGGUCUCGGGUAUCUCAAGUUUUUGAUCACCAUGAAGCAGAAGCUGGGCAAAGACAAGUCGCUGUCGAUCGCGGCGCCGGCAUCCUUUUGGUACCUCAAGCCGUUCCCCAUCGACCGCAUCAGCAGUGCCAUCGAUUACAUUGUCUACAUGACCUACGAUCUGCACGGCCAGUGGGAUUAUGGCAACGCAAACUCUUUCGACUCGUGCACAUCGGGCAAGUGCAUCCGUAGUCACGUCAAUUUGACCGAGACCAAGAACUCCCUGUCCAUCAUCACAAAGGCAGGCGUGGCCAACAACAAGGUCGUCGUCGGCGAAGCUAGCUAUGGUCGCUCAUUCCAUAUGGCCGAGCCUCUCUGCUGGGGCCCAUUGUGCGAAUUCACUGGAUCACGCAACCAGUCGGAUGCCACGCCCGGCCGCUGCACGCAGACGGCUGGGUACAUUGCCAACGCCGAGAUCAAUGAGCUUAUCCGCCAGGGCGCACAGUCAAUUUAUGACGGCUCGUCGGAUACCGAUGUUGUCCUUUACAAUGGCGACUACGUUGCCUACAUGACGCCCACUACACAGGACCGCCGCCGCGACACCUGGAAGGGCCUCAACUUUGCCGGCACGGUCAACUGGGCCGUCGACCUGCAGGCCUUCACCGCGGACGACAUGGACAACGCCUCGGGCGAUCGCGGCAAGCCCGGGUCGGAGGGCUGCAUUGCCGGUGAUGACCUAACAGUCGACACGGGCGACCUGUGCCAAUUUACUUGUGACCUAGGCUUCUGCCCCGAGUCGCUGUGCUACUGCACGGAGCGCGGCAUCUUAGAUCCGCUGCCGGCCGUCAAGAACGGCUCUGCCAAUGAUGUCGUCAUCGCCUGGAAUGAGCAGGGGAUUGACAUCAACAAGAUGUGCAAAUUUGCCUGCACGUACGGCUACUGCCCGGAUGACGUGUGCACUACACCUUUGGAGACCAUGGUCGAGGAUGACAGUGACGAUACGCCCCCAGAGGCUAAUCCGGACGACGACCCACGCGUUGCCAAUGCCAACAAGUGCCUGAUUUACGAGAACGGCGACCACGACGACAGUGUCGCUCCCUGCAAGAUCUACUGCAAACCGCAGCUGGACGCAGCAGCGGCAGCUGGACGGACGAGCAACUACGGCUGCAUUGGCUGCUAUUUGAUCAUGUCGACUCUCAAACUUGUUGUCGACAUUGGUUCCAACAUCUUUACCGGCGGUGCAUUGUCGGCAGGUUUGAACGCUGUGACGACCGCUGCGCAGAUCGUCAACUAUGUGUAUCCAAAUGACCAAGACCCGCAGGGAGCGUUUGACUGGUGGCUGAGUCCCUGCGGCAACACGGACCUUGUGCCUGACGACAUCAAGAAGGCCUUUGGCAUUCUCAGUGAUGUGGCUGACACAGUCACCGGCUUCAAGGGCCCCAAGAACAUUCCCAAGGGAAGCGGCCGUCACGGUGACGAUGGCAACCCCGAAGACCAGUCCAAGCCGCGACCGACGUCCAACGAACCCAAGCCAACCAGCAAACCUACUGACAAGCCGACCGGAAAACCCACAGACAAACCAACGGGCAAGCCGACCGACAAGCCCACGGCUUGCCCGGUGCCGACGAAAAAGGUGCGCCGGGGUAUGGGUAUAGGUGCGGGGCAUGGUGGUGUGCCGCAAACGACGACGCGACCGGAUGGCGCCGUCGAGACGCUCUGGCCGCGUGGUGAGGCCGGGAUAAUGACGGCAGACCAACACGGCGAGUACGAGUCGUACGACAGCGAAUACUACGUGGAUGAGGUCGACUCGAUCAAUGCCUCUUGCAAGAACAACAAGGCCAAAAAGUGCAAGAUCCCCAAGGGCAAAGAUGUGCAACGACUCGGCGCCGGAAAGAACACGCUGCGCAAGCUGUCGUGCGUCAACAACGUCGUCAAAACACAGGAGAUGAUUGUCACAUCUCUUGUCUAUGCGGCGGCCGCCACGAGCAGCGUGGUUGCCAGGAAGUGCGAGGCGGCCUGGACCCAGGCCUGCUACCAUUAUAGGUCGGUUAUCCGCGAGAAUCCGCAGUACGCGACCCUGACCUGCCCCCAGGAGGCGGCGAGCACCAAGCACCGACAGGACGCCGAGGCCACCAAAGUCUGGAGCGACCAGCACAAGGGCAAAGGAUGGCUUGACUCGCAGCACCGCCAGUGGCCCAAAUGCGACCGCGACGAGUACCCGCCCGCGUACCUGCUGAACGACGCCGACCCGGCGUUUGUUAAUAGCGGCCACAACCGCAACGGCCAGCUGGUACGUUUCGUCCCCGGCACGCAGAAUCAGCGCGCCGGCGGCAUGUGGAAGGGCGUCUGCUUCAACGGCCCCGUCAAGGAGCUGUCGGACCGCGAAUUCCAGGACCGCGUCGCGCGCUCGCCGCACACCAACGUCAUCCACGACACGAACCUGGUGCAAACGGAGGCGGCCAUUACCGUCGACCAGCGGCCCGAGUUUACGAUUAACAGCUGGGGUCCGCCAUCGUCGCCCGACGACGGGCUGGGCUCAAACCCGUGCUGGCCGAGUGCGAUUGCGCCGCAGGACCCCGGCUUUGCGCUGUUGACGUACGACAAGUACUACGACACGCACCCAAUGCCGUACAACUACCUGGCUGCAUAUGUUCCGCCGGCCGCGCCGCAGCCUACAUAG